UAGAUAUAUAUAGAUGAAUCUCCUUAAUCCAAGUUCGUCUAGGGUUUAGAGAGAGCCAGGCGUCCGAACAGCGAGAAAAUGGUUAAGUUUCUGAAGCCAAACAAGGCAGUGAUCAUCCUCCAAGGCCGCUAUGCCGGUCGCAAGGCGGUGAUCGUCAAGUCCUUCGAUGACGGCACACGCGACCGCGCCUACGGCCACUGCUUGGUUGCAGGAAUAAAGAAGUACCCAAGCAAGGUUAUCAAAAAGGACUCUGCCAAGAAGACGGCCAAGAAGUCCCGCGUUAAGUGUUUCAUCAAGCUCGUCAACUACCAGCACUUGAUGCCCACCCGCUACACCCUCGACGUCGACCUCAAGGAUGUGGUCACAGUCGACGCAUUGCAGAGCAAGGAGAAGAAGGUUGGGGCUGCGAAGGAGACCAAGGCGAGGUUCGAGGAGAGGUUCAAGACUGGCAAGAAUAGGUGGUUCUUUACCAAGCUCAGGUUUUGAGCUUUAUUAUCAGGGUUAAGUUCGUAGAGUUUUCUUGGUUUUAUUUGCUUAAAUUUUGUUUUGAAGAAAUGGGUAUGUGUGAUUUUGAGACUUGUUAAGUGGUAAUUGUUAAUUUGGAUCUUGUUGCGUUUUGAUCAACUUGUUCAGAUCUGUAGGGACAAGUUAUUUCUCAGCAUAUACAAUCUUCGUAUCUUUUUCCUUUUA